GCUAUUAUUUCAAAUAAUUCUAUUUAAACAAUUAGAACUUGUGAUUCAUUUAAAGAGUGUUGUACACUUGAUUAGUUGUCCGUAUAAGCGAAUUAAUUCAGUGUAAAGUUCCUUGAUAAUUCAUAAGAAUACCAGAAGCACUCUGUCACUCAACUCACUUAAUGAGCAUCACUUAACACCAAGGACUAUUUAAUCUAAAAAAUUACACAAAAAAUGCGACGUUCUCAUUCUGGUGAGAGGGCUGGCUAUGGUUACGAGCCAUUGCCCACUACUUCCCAUGAUGGCCUGGACCAGGAAAAUGAAAGGAUGGCUGACGAGCUGAAAGAUAAAAUUCAUGCAUUAAAAUCUCUUUCAAUUGAUAUUGGAACAGAAGUCAAGUAUCAGGAUAAAAUGUUGCGUGGAAUGGAUGAAGAUUUUGAGAGAACCAGUGGAUCAUUAACUUCAUCUGUUGCAAGAGUGAUUCGAAUGGCGAAAGCUGGUCAUAAUUAUUAUAUUCUAUAUUUACUUUUGUUUUCCAUAGCUGUUUUCUUUAUACUAUGGAUUGUAUUGAAGUUAAAGUAAUUUCAAGUAUUUUCUAAGCUUACGUGAUUACUUCUUUUUAAAUUGUUUUACGUAUUAUAGAGGCAUAGAUUUGUAGGCAAGUGAAUUAUGAUGUGUGUAUGAUCUGCAAUUAUUAUAACGGAAUUUCUUCAAAGAUUACACAAGAUUUAUGCAAUUCCUUGUUAGGUUAAACUUAACGCUUUCAUAGAGGCAUUAAUAUGGCUUGUAGAUGACACAUAUAACAACUAUGGAAAUAAUUGCAUUUUAUGUGCAUCACAAAGGAUAUAAAUUAAAGAUUAUUUUGGAAUGGUA